GCUUAUCUCAACAACACACCUCAUACAAAAUCUUCAGUUCUAAACUCCACACAUUCUUCACAUAUCAACAUCACUUUCCAUAUUUGUAUCACAAUGGAGAGAGUGAAUAAGAUGGUUUCAGAGAGGCCAGUGGUGAUAUUCAGCAAGAGUUCAUGCUGCAUGAGUCAUACCAUAAAGACACUUUUUUGUGACUUUGGUGUGAAUCCAGCAGUUUAUGAACUUGAUGAGAUAUCAAGAGGAAGAGAGAUUGAGCAAGCACUUUCAAGACUUGGUUCUUCUCCAUCUGUUCCAACUGUUUUCAUUGGUGGUGAACUUGUUGGUGGAGCCAAUCAAGUAAUGAGUCUUCAUCUUAACCGCACUUUGAUUCCAAUGCUUAAAAAAGCUGGAGCUCUUUGGGUUUAGUCUCAUUAACAUAUCACGCACACAUACUCACUGAAUAAAUUAAUUACCAAUUUUGGUUAUGUGGUAAUUGUGAGUUUAUAUAUAUAGGAUGAGUUAAUAUUAGAGCUUAUGGCACGAGGUAAUAAUAAGUUUAACUUAAUUGAUAGGCUUGGGGUGCUAUUUAAGGACAAGAAUCUUAUCCUCUGCAUUAAUCAAUAGCGGAUCAAGAGUUUUAGUUUUGGUUCUUGGAUUGAUUCGUGGCCUUUUUGGUACAUCUUUUGAGAAUUUCUGAUCUUUUGAUGGUGGUUCAUGUGAGGUUGAAUCUGUCUUAUUUUCUUAUUGAGAUGUUGUUUUAGUUUUUUUGAAUUUGAUCUCUCAAUCAUUUUGUUGCUUCGUUUCAA